AUGAGCAAAGUCCCACAAGUCGAACAACGAGCUCUAAAGCGGAAGCUGGACGAAUUGGAUGAUGAUGGCGAUGAUGUUAACGAUGACGACGCUGUGGAUGAUAACAACGACAACGCUGUGGAUAACAACGACAACGCUAUGGAUAACAGCGACAACGACGAUAAUGGUGUACACGGUGAUGCCUCGUCUUCCUCGACUACUUUGGAUAGAAAAACAAUGUACAGGAAAGGGAUGGAGUUUGUCGCCAGCUAUAAGAAGGCAAGAACGGAUAAAGGCAAGAAACGCAUGGACUGGCAAGGAUGCCUGGCUGCAGGACGCAAGAAAGGUCUGCUGUUGAAAUAUAAAAAUGCGAAUACAUUGAAAAACCAAUUCGCAAAGUAUGAAAAAAAUAUUGAUGGUGAAUAA